CCGCGAACGUCUGCGCGAACGCCUCCCCCGCGCAUGCGCCGCCAACUCGAGUUGUUUUGAAACUGAAUUGAAAACCUCAUCGGUUACUUCCUGACGUGUUAACUUGGUGGUGGUGUCAUCACAGCAGUCAUGGGGAGCACAAGCCCACAAGUCAAGAAUUUCAUCUAUCUUGCCUAUGAUUACCGGAGAAAAAAGACAGAUAAGAAUCUCUCACAGCUUCAGAGACAGCUGCAGAUUUUAUCAGUGGUAAGUGACCUGCAUGUCUUUGAGCCAACACGCAUGGAAACCCUAGAGUUCUAUGUUUGUCUGGAGCAGCUGUUAAGCUCAUCUGAUGCCAGGUCGCCUUUAUCUUGGAAGGUCAUAAGCCUCUUAGCUCAUAUCUGCCGUUCGCCAACCAUACGCAUUGCUCUCAGAGAUGAAAUCAAGCUGGUGCCUAUCUUAAGUGAAUAUUUGAUUUCUUCAAAGUUAAGCAAACAUAAAGCUGGCAAAACAUUACAGUUGCUUCAAGAAAUCUCUUACAGGAUAAAGAUUUCACGUGCUGAAGCAUGGGUGCUUCAACUGGUGCCAAACUUGGUAGAAAUGAUGCUCGACAGUAGCAGUGGGGAUGACCUGCUUGUACCCGCUUUAACCACACUUGCAAAUCUCUGUCGUUCCAAUCCCCCCGUCCUCACCUGCUUGCGGAAUAAUGGCACACAUAAGGAGCUGAUACAAAAGCUGCUUCACAUAAAGAACCCCAAUAUAAACCUGCAGCUCCUCACAGCUGAACUAUUACUCUAUUUGGAGUUGGAGUUGCCCAGAUUAGAAAAUGAAAAUUCAUAUAUAGAACGUAUCUUGGGAUUGAUAUUUACAGCUGCUAUAGAUGGAUUUGCUGAGAAUAACCUCUCAACCUUACGACUGGCAACAGACAUCUUUGGGGAACUCUCAUCCUUUCAUAAUUUAGAGGAGUCUGUUAGGGAGUACAAGAACUACACAACAAGCAUCCAGACACUCCUCAACUUUCUGAAUGAUGACAGCCAUGUAGAAUCAGUGGAAGUGCUUAUGGAGCUCCUGUUUGACAUAGUGGACAUGGGGCUCUCACAUUUACAGAAGUUGCACGAAGACAUUUUCCUGAAAGCAGUGGCAUGGAUGCACUCAGAACGAUGUGGAGUUCCCGCCCUGCGUCUCAUAAAGAACAUUCUAAUCCUUGGUGAUGACUCUGUCAGUUCUGCACAUGUUGAAGAAUUUCUCCAAGCAAUAACAGCAUCCUUGGAGUUUAAUGACGCCCUUCACAUAAACCAACAAGAGUUGCACCGAGUGAAUGCAACCCUGACUCUCCUAGAGGGUCUGUGCAUUCGAGACGCAGCAUUCCGCCUACGACUGACCAUGGUUCUCACACCUAAGACGUUCUCCACUCUUUUGAGGCUGAUUUUAGCCUUGUAUGUUUCAAGUAGUGGUUCUCUGAGUUUGACCUCAUCAUCAUUGUCCAGCAGUGGCCCUGAACUUAGUGGAACCUUGUCUCGCCUAGGCAGCGAUUCAGACUUCACAUCGUUUGCAGCUAAAGAUCCAUCAGUAACAAGUGAGGAGUUGGCUGCACAAUCAGUAAUACUGGUACUGACUGUGGUGAAGCUGCUUGGUUCACAGAAAGCAGAGUUUAUGCUGGAGUACAGACAGAUGCUGAGCAAUUCAUCCACCAUGAGCCACAUUGUCCGCUGCCAGCGCUCAGGCAAUCCUGAAUAUGUGUCCCGAGCGGUUGCAGUCCUGUGUGAAGGAACAGUGCCAAGUGAAAGCAUGACUUCCCUUAUCAAAGCCUUUGAAGAGUCUAACUUGUCAACACAUUCUGCACUGAGUGCUGACUUUGAGCCCAGUAGACAGGAUGGCACAUACUGGUCCCAUACCCAGUCCUUCCCCCCGAGCUGUGAGGAGAAGGUUGACAAUAUGAUUGCGCGGUUGAAGGGCACCAUAGAUAAGAUAGAGGUUGGUUGGCUGGUAGGACAGCUUGGUGAAAAAGGGAUUUGGAGAAACUUUUGGUGGGAUUUUUCUCUUCUUCUUUUCCUUUCAUGAAAUGAUUGGUAAUAUUUUUUUCCUAUACUUAUGUAGCAUUCAUUUAUACACAAAAAAAAACAGAAAUUAAGAAUUUUGGUUUGUUGCAUAUAUAUUUACCAAUAUAUGUAGCAUCAUGUUUUAUAAUUAAAACUUUUUAUAUUACCACUAUUUGAAUUUUAACUCAUUGCUGCCAGGUAAAUGUACAAUUGACUGUAGUUUAUGUAAAUUUUCUUUGCAGAGAUGGCUCCUCAAGAUGACAAAAGAAUGACAUGUCCAUUGUAAUUUUAGUUUAUUAAUUGUUUUUACGCAGAAAUGGCACAAGUGCUUAGUUUCAAAGGAGUAUAAAUAUCUGGCCAGUUUACCCUUUUUCAUUAGUUUACUGUUUAUAUUAUAUUUUGAUAAUAAUCAUAAUGUCAAUGAUAUUAAUAAUAAUAAUAAUAAUAAUAAUAAUAAUAAAGACAUUAUUAAUAUUAAUAGCAUUAAAGAAACAAAAAAAACAUUUCCCUACAAAGUUAUGAAAUGGGGAAAUCAGGUGCAGUUACUAGGGCCUACUCAUUGACUCUUUGGUGGCUGAGCACUUGGUGGGCUGUGUGCAAUAGAAUUUACAAGAAAUUUCAGUGGACAGUACAGCCAUUGGAUUAACAUUAAUAUUGUUCUUGUAAUUAUUAUUUAUGCAAUAAAUAUUACAAUAUUAUUAACAAUACUUACAGCAAUAAGAAAUAAAAACACUUUCUAAAAAUUCAAGAAAAGGGUAUACAGGUUAGAUAGGUAAGAUUAGUAAUUGACGCCCUGGUGAUUAAGCACUUGUGGAGCCAUCUAUAUGAAACGGUAAUGAUCAAAAACAAGAACAGAAACAGGACAUGCCAUGUAUUUAAGUCAUGCCCUUAACACCUCAGUUGGGUAUACAGCUGUUUUCAUCCCAGCUGCAGUACUGGCUGAGAGUGGUUAUUGGUCCAGGAAGACUAAUAAUUGCCUUUACAAUUUUGUCUCCUUCCCUUGGGAUACUGGGCCAGCCAUGUCCUCUGGAUUUAUUAUAAACCCUGAGGGCUUUUCCAGAAGGGAACUAGUAUUCCAUGGCUCAAGGUUUCCACAUUGAUUUUAAUUUUAUUAUCUAUGCUUAGAGUAAUACCUUUUAAAACAAAAGAAAUCAAUACCUCAGUUUGCCACAGACCAUUUUUAUUUAAA